UACUGCGCGCACGUGACCAGCCUGUUUUCACCCAGUUAAACGCGUGUCCUUAUAUACAGGCUCUUCCAUUCACCCACACAAACACGAUCAAAUCAACAUCUAACAAUCGGUUAACUGGGAGCGGACCAUGGCGGCUGCAACCAGCAGCAACACAUCCCAAGCCACGCUUCAGCAGAUAAAGCACUCCAGCAUUGAGCAUACACGGAAACGCAUAGACCCAAGGAGGAGGCAAGCGGCGCUGUCCUUUCUCAGUAACAUUUCUUUAGACGGCCGACCCGUGCAGGACGAUGCAGACGAUCAGAGCCAUGAGGGGAACUCACUGGAAGCUGGGACCAGGCAGAGCGUGGUUUCUCUGGAGCGCUCCGGGGCGCACGGCGCAGCUGGCACCGCCGAGGCUGCAGCGACCAGCGCCACCCAGGCGCUCGCUUUAGCGAACCAGGCUCGCCUCUCCAGUAGCUGGGGCAGCUGUGGGACUGGUGCUGCCCCGGCGGCUGCAGACAUGGAGGGCGAAGCUUUUACGUCCUCCACGUUUAACUCUCCUUUCUCAGCGGUCCCAGUCGCGACCAGAGGGAGGCUGCAGACCUACACUCAGGGAAUCCUUCCUGCCGCCUACUCCAGGCAGUUCUCCCCCAGCCUCAGCCUGGAGGGCGGACAGAUAGAGCAGCAGAGGUCAAGAAGGAGACUCAUCUCUCAGCGUUCCUCACUAGAAACUCUGGAAGACAUUGAGGAGAACGCUCCUCUACGCAGAUGCCGAACCCUAUCGGGUUCACCUCGACCAAGGAGCUUCAAGAAGAUUCACUUCAUAAAGAACAUUCGUCAACAUGAUAUGCACAAUGGAAGGAUAGUCCUUAUCAGUGGCAGAAGAUCCUUCUAUAGUGUAUUUUCUGUCCUGCCCUAUCAAGAUUGUAGCCAAACAGGGGAAGUAAAGACUGAAGGGCGUCAGCGUCACCCGUCAGGAGGCGUAAGUGCCAAGGAGAUGGUGAUCGGACUGGAGGGAGUGGAGUUAGGAGCAGAUGGAAAGACUGUUUCCUACACCCAAUUCCUGUAUUCCACAAAUGUUCUGGGCGGUCGAAGGAACACCAUCGACUCCACGUCCUCCUUCUCCCAGUCUAGAAAUGCGAGCCAUCGCAGCCUCAGUCUGGGCAGGGCCAACAGCAACCAGAGCAGCUUGGACACAGGGAACGAGUUUGGAGACUUUCGCGAGUAUGACCCCAACCUGCUGGAUGACCCGCAGUGGCCCUGUGGAAAACACAAGAGAGUGCUCAUCUUUCCCUCCUACAUGACUACAGUUAUUGAAUAUGUGAAGCCCUUUGACCUGAAGAAGGACAUGAACGAGACCUUUAAGGAGAAAUUCCCCUACGUACGGCUUACUCUCAGCAAGAUACGGAGCUUGAAAAGGGAGAUAAAAAAGCUGGCCCAGGAUGAAUGCGGGUACGAAGAGCCGACUGUGGCCAUGGCUUUCGUCUACUUCGAAAAACUCGUUCUUCAAGGCAAGCUAAACAAACAAAAUCGCAAGCUCUGUGCUGGGGCCUGCGUCCUCCUGGCAGCUAAGAUCGGUGGUGAUCUAAAGAAACAUGAGGUCAAGCAUCUUAUAGACAAACUGGAGGAGCGAUUCAGAGUGAACCGCAGAGAGCUGAUAGCCUUUGAGUUUCCUGUGUUGGUGGCGCUGGAAUUCAACCUGCACCUUCCAGAACACGAGAUCAUGCCUCACUACAGACGCCUGCUGCAGACCUCUUAGCAUUGGUGAACCAUCAGGAGGAAAGCAGUCGAGUUCUCCUCCUGAUCCCCCCCCCCCCCACCCGACCCUCACAGAAUCCUUCCUCCAUGAUGGAUUCGGACCACUAUAGAUGAAACCCCUCUUUCCUCUGCCUUCACUACCAUUCGCCAAAAAAAAAAAAACUACUUUGUAUUCUUUCACACCUAACAUCACUACAAGGACUUCAUAGCAGUUUAUACGUCUCAUCAGCUUAUCUUCAGGACUUUGUACAUUUUCUCUUGUUGAUUAAGAGAAUGUUUCUUCAAUUUUUGUUUAGUUCAUCUACCCCUCCUCCGUGUUACCUCGUAAGCUGCAUAAAAGAUUUAACAAAGACCUUUUUUUUUAAGCCACCUUUUCAGGCUGGACUGUUAUUCCUCUGGAGUGAUUCGUCUCUUUGCAAGCCUUUGUAUUAAAAGUGUACUUUUUGCAUACUGCAAUAUUUUUUUAAACUCAUCUCGGGAACUAACCCAGAGGAACAAUAAGCUAAACACAUAAAUGUAAUUGGACCUUUUAAUACUGCUUUUUUUUUUUUUUUUGGCUCAUCAGAAGACUUUUCUACCAACAGAAAUCUGCAUGAGUGUUUAUUGGUCUUUGUACUGGGGUAGAAAAGAUGCGGCCUUUCUGUUUGGAUCGUUUUCUACCACUUAAAUGCUUGCUGCGGACUCCCCGAGGCCAGACAUGCUUUUAUCAGUGUCAAAUUUCCUGUGCUCUAUGUUAGAGUGUAAUGCUGGCACAUUUACGGUGCUUUGUUGCUGGGGCUGUAACGUGUGCUAAAAACGCCAUUAACCAACGAGCGGGGCUGGUAAUGGUGUGCUCGGUCGUCGGGGGUGAGGGGGGGUAAUGAUGUGGGAAGAGACCCGUGCCUGCUAGUAUAUCUCCUCUGCUGAAGUGUCCUUGAACAAGACACCAGGGUUCUUCCAGGCAAAAAAGAGACAUUUGUUUUUAGCCCACUAAUGACCUCUGUGAGGAAUCUAAUUAAAGCGACGGGGAGCAGAUAGAAGUUGGAACAUUACGGUAGCUUUAUUUUGAAGUUUUUGCUUUACUUUUAAUUCAUUUCAACUGUGUAAAAAUUGCUUUUCUGGUCUAAUCUUAGAGCUUUGAAAUGUGUCACACACUACCAGAGUUUUGACAAGUCGCUGCAUUUAAAGUGUAAAAUAAAGCUGUUAUUUGGUGCUGCUCAAGGGAUGAACAGUGUUUCAAGAUGAAGUGUUCCUAAAAUAAUUUUUCAUCAUAUCAAAAUAGAUUGUAUUGUUUUUACAGUAAAUGAAUGCUCCUUUUCUGUCUGCAAGUCCAAAGAAUUUGCUAUUUGAUGCACUAUGAGUACGCUGUGAGUAAGGGCUCAUGGGUGAAAAGCUUAACCUGUGUUUGUAAAUAAAACAUUUCUUUGCUUGUUCAAUUUUAA